ACCGAUGCACAAUAUAGAGAAGGCUUGUUCUUGGGCAAUAACAGUACGUUAUAGCAAACCAUUAAACGUCUGCUCCGCUAUACGCAUCUACUGCAUUUUUAACCUUUAUCUGAAAACGUCGCUUCUAAGUGGGAUAUGAGACAGACCAUGUGCCAAAAUGAGUUCAGAAUUACAGGAACAUAACCUGGACUACACAUCACAGACUUAUACUCAGAGUGCUUGUAAGGGGCAGUUUGGCGCGCAAGUGCUUGGAAAGCGCUUACAUUUUCAGGGAAGUAAAUCAACCAUUGCCUCCAAACCAAGAUCAAACUCCCAGCAGUUGUACAGCUCAAAGAAUUACUCGAAGAGACAAACUAAUAAAAAUCUAAAGCCUGUUAAUCUGGACCAGCACAUGCCUAACAUCCAUCGGAAUAAGAUGCUCAGACGAUGGAAGGAAUCAAGACAGAAGGAGGCUCUAGAACAAAGGGAGGAAUCAAAAACAUGGAAAAAUAUAGAACGAAAAGAGGGGGCCAUGAAGGGGGUGGAGUUAACACAAGCAGAUAAGAAAGAAUGGGAUGACGUGCUGGGACCUGGAGAGGAGUUGGGCUGUGGGGAGGAACUAGCACAGAGUGGUGAAUUAGAUUGGGAGGUAGGUUUAGAACAGGGGAAGGAAUUUGACUCUGAUGAGGGUAAGGAUUCACUGGAGCUUCUUUCUGACUCCUGCAGUGACAGAGAGGAGGAAAUGCGAGCAGUGGUAGGAUGGCUGAAUAGGGAAGAGGAAGGGUGGGAAGUGGUUAGGAAUAGUAAAACCGGAUCACUCAAGGUUCCUGUUGAUGGUUGCUUUGUUGUGCAGUCAGCUACACAAAAAUGUGAUGAGCAAAUAGUGCACAAUGAUGGCCUGAACAUUAAUCAAACCCACACAUCUGUAAAGUUAUAUGACAAAGCAUAUACUGAUGGAUUAUUCACUGAUGAAAUGUUUUCAAAUAGAUUUUACCAAAAUCACAUAUUUUCAAAUGAAAUUAACACUAAUGAGUUGUGCUUAGACAAAACUGACACAGUUUGCAUGUUCCCAGAUGUCUGUGAUGCAGGUGAGGCAUUAGCAGAUGUAGAUGGACUCUUUGAGUGUGAUCUCUUUGAGCAGAGUAAACCAUCUGGGACAUUAGAGAUAGAGGAGGUGGGCGAUCAUGGGGAUACAGUGAUGCUGUCUGUGGGAGAGGGCUCAGAGAGCUCAAAUGGAUCAUUAUCUUCUUUCAUUGAAGAGUAUGGUAAAGAAAGUAAACAAGAUAAUAAAGAGCUGUUAGAAAACCCUUCCCCAUUGCUUGGGAAAUCUUCCCCGGAUAUGCAAACUGGAAUAUCUCAGGAUCCAUCACAUACAGAUGAUCCAUUAGAUCUAAAGUCAGACAGAGAAGCUGGUAUUCUCUCUGAGUUGUCUCACCAGCCUGGUUCAUCCUCUUCUUCACUGUGUUCAUCUGAGGCCAUGACAACGUAUGAUGAAAUGGAAAGAAAUUAUGCCAUUCCAAGCCAAUCUGCAUUGUCCAAGUCUACAUCAAGUGACUUCAGUAUGACUUCUGAAUUGGAGCUACCAUUUGCCUCUUCAGCUGUUUGCUUUAAACCAAUACACAAGAAGUCACAGCAGACACAAGUGGAGCAAUGUGAUGGACAAAAGGAAGAGAGUUCAGAAGUCCAAGAUGGUCAGUCAGUCAUAGCAACUGAAAGGUCACAGGCUGUCCCAGAAGAGCAUGUGUAUGAAGAAACUGAACCAAAAUUUCAAAGCAAAACCUUCUUGCAGACCAGGAAAUAUUUAAUGACUCGUUCCAUAUCAGUGGAAACUCCCCCUAAUGGACUGAACCAAAUGAGCCCCACAUUAUCAGGAAAGGAACGCUUAAUGCUACACCCACAAUCAUGCUACAGACACAAUUUCCUUGGAGAUAGCUUGCCUACUCUAACGGGUUCAUUAGGAUGUCUCUCACAAGAGAGUUCCUGCCCUUCUAAUGAUCUAUGCAUUAAUACUAUGCAAAUACCACCUCCUUUUGAACUGUCUUCUAUCACAAAGAGGCCAAUAAGAAAGAGUACACCUGCUCUGCCAAAUGAUAUCUCCGCCUCCUGUAGGAAACUUGACUUUGGCUUUAAACGUUACUUUUUGCCAUUGCGUUUUCUAAGAAAAUCUGAAAGAAGAAGCUUGGCAGAUAGUCGCUCAGUCUCCUCCAGGUCCUCUUCAGAAUCAAGUCCACAAGAAUCUUGCAAAAGAUUCAGUAUAAUCAGGCAAAAUGUAGGCACUAUUGAGCCUCAAAGGGCACAUAAUUGUUCACUACCAUCAUCCCCGUCUUCCUUCCUUUUGCACAAGAACAAGCAAAGGCCAGGUUUAACCACACAUCACAAUAACAGUGUUACUGUUACUACUGCUCCCAGCUCAUGGGAUAUGUUAGGGGUGGAGCCAGAUGACUUUGUUCAUUACCCCUUUGUCAAGCCCCUUCCCUUUUUGAAACCUCGUUCUUUCUCUUCCCCCAAUGUUGACUCUUCAGUGUAUGAGAAUGUAUUAAAUACAAACCCCCACUAUGAGAAUGUGCAGCUUCGCCUCUUAAAUCCUUCCAGUCAGAAUCAGAGAAGUCAGAGUUCAGCCAAUGACACUGAUGGUUAUGUCGAUAUGAGCAGUCUACCGGGCUUUCAGAGCAAAGGCCAGUCAUCUGAGCAAGAAACGGAGAGUGCCUACACUAUCUGCUCUCCUAAUGUGUGGUGUGAUGGAUCAGUGAGUGUAUCUGUAGGCAUGCCUUGUACAAAAAAGGAGGAGAGGAAGUCAUCUGAAAGACUGACUGUAAAUUAUUCUAGAGCAUUUUAUACUGCGAAGGAACUACUAGACAGUGAGACACAGCAUGUAAAGACUUUAAAGCUUCUUAGUGAGAAUAUAGAUGCAAAUGAGAAGCUGAGAGAAUUUUGGGGUGAAUUACCUGUGAUUUAUUCACUCCACCAAGACCUGAUCUCCCAACUGGAAACCCGCAUCAAAGAGUGGGAUCAAAACGACGGCAUCGCUGACAUCAUCUUGGCCAAGAAGGUGGACUUUUCUGUUUUUUCUUCCUUCAUCAGUCACCAUGACAACCGAAUGAAGGCUCUGGAUGAAAUGGACAACACACUGGAUGGGAACUGUCUGAAGCAGCAGUUGCUGCAGGUUAUAGUGAGAGUUCUACAGUACCAUGUGCUGUUAACAGAUUACCUGAAUAAUAUUUCACCAGACUCCAGAGAGUACGAGGAUGCACAGGCUGCUUUGGCUGUGGUCUCAGAUGUAGCUGAUCAGGCAAACAACAACCUCAAGAAUGGAGCGGAUCUCCUGCGUCUGGUCCGUAUUGAGCACAGUGUUCUGGGUUUGAAGAACCUGCUCCAGCCUGGGAGGCUCUUUGUGAAAGAAGGAACUCUCAUGAAGGUCAGCAGGAAGAGCAAACAGCCUCGUCACCUAUUCUUGAUGAGUGAUAUAAUGCUUUACACAUACCCCCAACAGGAUGGCAAAUACAGGCUCAUUAACACUUUAGCACUGACAGGGAUGGAGGUUACUAAACUGCUGGUGGAAAAUAAUUAUCAGAAUGCCCUGAAGAUUGAGGUGAAAGAUAUUUGUAUCACUCUUUCAGCAUGUACUUCUAUUGAGAGGGAUGACUGGUUUGUUACACUGAAUCGGACAAUAGCUGACCUUGGUUCAUUCCUGGAAGUUCCAUCUGGUGGUUUUAAGAAGCCAGGAGUGUGUCUCGGAGAGAAUGCUCCCUCCAUGGUGUCCGUCUCACAGGUAGCAGUGUGCAUGAACUGCCCUGUUCAUUUCAGCCUCACACACCGAAGGCACCACUGCCAUGCCUGUGGCAAGGUUGUGUGCAGAGACUGCUGCAGGAACAAAGUCCCUCUCAAAUACAUGAAGAACAAACGAGCAAAAGUUUGUGAUAAGUGCUACAGUGAGCUUUCAAAGCAUGAAGGAGAUGUUGCCAUGGUAACCGAAAACCUCAGCCGACCACUAUCGGCUGUAUUCCAGAACAUCCACCCUCCCAACCUGUGGAGGGGUCGAAAGGGCCAGGUCUCCUUUAACCAGGUGACAGGAUCAGAGGGGGAAAUGAGUGGGACUCUGCAGAGGAGUCGAAACAGUAAGCGGAGCUGGAAGAGUCUAUGGUUUCUUCUGAAAGAUAAAGUGCUUUAUACAUACCCACAGCCUGAGGAGAGGCUUGCCUGUGAGUCUCUUCCUCUGUUGGGCUUCUCAGUGAGGUCAGAGAGUGAAGGAGACAGCAGCAUGUUUCAACUCUACCAUAAAACCACACUCUACUAUACGUUCAAGGCUCAGGACAUGCACACUGCACAGAGGUGGGUGAAUGCCAUGGAAGAGGCUACAGUUCUAUAGCUGAUGCCAUCUUGGAAGGGAAGUUUUCUUCUGCGAUAAUAAUACUCAGUGGCUAAGAAGGAAGAUAAAAAUCAACACCUGACAGAUGAGUAAUCAAAGAUAGUCUAACGUGAUAGAGCCAAAUUUUAUAAUGCUAGCGAGGAAAUGUUUACUCAUUAAAACACCUUUAGAUUUGGUUUCAACUCCAUGACAUGUUACCUAAUACAAUGAGAUGGAACCAAUCAAACACAAGCUUUUUUUUUGUCCAAAGACCAACUGAUGUCACAAGAUACAACUUUUGAAACUUUUCAAAAUCCUGAAAUUGGUUAUUAAAGGAGGCAUAAUCACUU